AUUCUUUCCAACCGCGCUCCUUGAAUAGUGACGUGUUUUCUCUCGUCUCUCAGCUUUUGGAUUUUUCCACAUUGAAAAACUCCCACUUACAAUACUCAAUCUAAAAAGAUCGAACGUUUGCAGCACUUCUGUCCGUCCACGCACCUCACCCCUGCGUAUUCGUCAGCCCACUUCUCAACAGUUGAAAAUUGGCAUUAUUAUUCCUUUGAACCAACCGGUCCACCUCCUGUCAGUGGUUCUUGGGCGUUUCAACUGCCAAACUGCCUUAGCUCUCGGUUCUCCUCGGAGGUCAUUCCCCAGGAAAUAUCUUUCCUGGUUAUACAUACGCAUCUGGAGCUUACGGUUAAACUCGUUGGUCAAGAGCAGAGGAUCAAGUGACAAGUGUCUGAAGGUACCUACACAGACAGGAGUCACGGUUGUUCUCUAAACUUCCCAGCAGCCCGUAGCUCCCUAAUCACUCUACAAAUUACAACCUACUAACCCACAAAACAUCCACCUCACCGAAGCUAAAAGCAAGAAAGCAGAGGGGAUUUCCUCGUCCACUGCAGGAGUGAACCGAACAACUGGAACCAAGCCCUAAGAACUAGACGCGAGAGAUCAAAAACUACUAGUUUUCUACGCUCGCACUAUCAAUAUUGGAUAUUGGAUUGGAUUUCCAGAAAGUGGAGCGGCUUUUCCAACUGAUGUGCAACUUCAUGCGGAGUUUAAGGUGUGACGAGUUUGUGGUACAUCAAUCCCAUGACUUAUGUUUUAACGAAACUUUCUAAAUUGUGGUUUCCACACUUCACAUCAGUUGGAACUUUGUGCCAUUCGUCGGUUUGUUUGACAGCUAAUGCUUCUGUCCCCCUUCUAGAGCUGAAGAGUCGACGUAGAAGCUUUAUAACUAAGCUUGACGAAUUCGCAAAGGAGUUACCAAAAUGGUCGUCUUGUCAUCUAGUUGUAAUACCAGCGUCAGAAGUACAAUAUAUGGCAUAUCAUGUCCCGUAUCCUUUCCAUCAAGACUCCAACUUCUUUUAUUUCACAGGACUAAAUGAACCGAAUGGAGUUUUAUUGUUUUGUAAAAGUAAGGUUGAAGAAAGCCCUAACCCAAGUGAUGCCUGUUGGUCAACUCAUUUAUUUCUUGAUGUUCACAAUGAACAUAAAGAAAUCUGGGAUGGUCCUUCUUUAACAUUAUCAGAAGCAUCUUCAAUAACUGGGAUUAGUGAUUCUCAUCCUCUAAAUGAUUUCUGUAACUUUUUACGUCAUCAAGUCUCAUUUUCACGAUCUGUUUGCUUUUGGUACAUUCCAUUAUCAUCAAACCAUCUUGUUGAGCGUCCUCAAAAUAACUUUAUCCUGAAAAAUAUUCUACAGACUUUCAGGGAGAUAAACGAUAAAAGUAUCAGUUUUCAGAAUCCCGAGUGUGUAAUAGACAGUCUUCGUUUCACAAAGUCAAACUAUGAAAUUCGUCAGAUAAAAACUGCAGUUAUCGCAGCUAUUGAAUCCUUGGAAUCCGCUAAGCAAAUCACAAAACCAGGAAUAACGGAAGCUUCUUUGCAAAAUCACAUCGAAUAUCAAAUGCGUAAUCGAGGCUGUUCUAUCGGAUAUCCACCUGUGGUUGCUGGUGGUAAACGAACGAAUAUUAUACAUUACAUGAAAAAUAAUUCGGAAAUUAAAAACGGAGAGCUAGUCUUAGUGGAUGCUGGCUGUCGCAUGAAUGGAUAUACAUCCGACAUUACUCGAACUUGGCCAGUCAACGGUCAAUUUUCAAAACCUCAGAAAGUUAUAUAUGAAAUACUAACUGAUGUGCAAAGGUCGUGUGCUUCUUUCGCCUCUCCUGAGAAGAGUUUACAGGAUAUAUAUCACCAUAUGUUAUCAGAAAUAGGACGACACUUGGUUAAUGAACGUAUUAUUCCAGAUCACGACAGGUUUUGUGUAAGUUGGUAUCAUUAUUGUACCUGAAAGUGGAUAGAAUAUGCUGCACACAACUUUAACCAGUUUGUUUUCGGUGCAUUUCCGAGAAAUGCACAGCUAAAAUUGUUUCCAAUAUCGGUCACUGUAUUGAUAUCUCAUACGUUCAUGCUACUGAAUUGUUUAAAAAUAUGAAAUUCCCAGAUUACGUAUACAUCUUAUAAGUGCAGCAUUUGACAAUCGUACCGAAGUUACUUUUUUUUUUCAUCAACAUACUUUGUUCAAAAUAUUGGGGAUACACUUCAAACCACAUCAAGAAAUUCCUAAUGUAAUGAACAGAAACAAUGUGUUUUUAUUGACGUGAAACAAAACCUUAUUAUAACUUAUUUAUGAAGCAGGACAAAUACAAUGUCAUGAAGGUAGGGGUUGGAGUAUGUCAUCUAGUCUCUGGAUUUAGAAGUACUAAAGAGUUAGCUGAAUACUGAUAUCUGCGUCGCAGAGUACAAGUGGUCAAAUGUCCUGCUAAUUCGUCAUCUAAAUAAAACUGCUUUUAACACAGACAUUUGAUAAUGUUUUGUAAACCCAGCAACUGCAUGAGAAAAUGUCAGCGUGCCAUAUGUUUAUAUAUAUAUUCCUCCUUAGCGUUACAUGAAAAUUUCGUUUAAAAAUAUUCCAGAUGGCGCAAAAAAUCUGUCCACAUCAUGUCGGUCAUUAUCUUGGCUUGGAUGUACAUGAUACUCCAACAAUACCGUAUACUGAACUUCUUCAAGCGGGAGUCGUUUUCCCUUUGGAACCGGGUAUAUACUUCCGAGACGAUCUGGGGAAAAUGGGUAUUUCUAAGGAGUUUCUCGGUAUCGGUAUGAGAGUAGAAGACGAUUUUGUUAUGACAAAACGUGGUGCUGCUCAGAAUUUAAAACACGCUGGUGCUGAUGUAUUAGACGAAGAAAUUGAAAUAACAAUAUAGAUUUUGUAAAAUGAUGUCUUUUCGUGACUUUCAUUAUGACUUCUACCAAGUAUGCUCUUUAACUAUUCCCAAGUUUUGGUGUAGUAUAAGUUUAAUAGUUGAUAAUGCCACAACCAAAACAGAUAUUAG